AUGUGGGGCAGUACGCUCGACAACGAUGCGCUUCGGCGCACUGAUUCCGGCGUGCAAACACACCAAUGGCACCGUGAUAUGCUUCGUUCUGACCCGGCCGUACAUUCACCAGCUGGCCAGGUUCAACAUGCUGGUCACAGAGGUUCUGAUUCUCCUGAACGAGGCAACGAAGGAACUUGGGGUGAGCAAGAUGUUGGAGGGUUUAAUGAGCAGAUUGCAGUACAGGAGUACGAAGCCCUCAGGAACAAUCUGCUUCAACUUCACAGGACGAGGACCGCGGGCUCACAACCCGCUCAAACUGCUAUCGAACCGGGCACGAGAAGUCGAGGAGAAGCCCUGCGCGAUCAUACAAGGUCAGAUGCGACCGAUGUAGCAACCACAACUUCAGGCAGCCAGAGCACCACGGACGUUGCUCCGAGCGCACACGACGAUAAAGACUUUCAAUUGGCCGAUUUUAUGCGUGAAGGGUACUUUGAGAAACGAUCCGGCUCUGGAUCUGCGAAGAAAGUUGGCAUAAUAUACAAGAAUCUUACCGUAAAGGGUACCGGGGCUGCAACAUCCUUCGUUCGUACUGUUCCGGAUGCAAUACUGGGUACAUUUGGUCCCGAUCUGUACCGUCUUUUAUGUCGUGCUAUACCUUCCAUCAAAUUUGGUCAGACAGAGACUCGUACUCUACUUCGUGGGUUCAGCGGCUGUGUGCGGGAUGGUGAGAUGAUGUUGGUCUUGGGACGUCCUGGUGCCGGAUGUAGUACGUUUCUGAAAGCCGUGAGCAAUGACACCAAAUCAUAUGCGUCGGUAGACGGGGAGAUCUCUUACGGUGGCAUACCGCGUAGCAAACAAGAAAACAUGUACCGAGGCGAGGUUAAUUACAAUGGCGAGGAUGAUAUCCAUUUUGCACCUCUCAGUGUCUGGCAGACCCUGACGUUUGCUCUCAUGAACAAGACUAAGAAGCACGCCCAGCAAGAUAUCCCCAUUAUCGCAACUGCGCUUAUGAAGAUGUUUGGAAUCAGUCACACCAAAUACACACAAGUCGGCGACGAGUAUACGCGAGGCGUUUCCGGAGGCGAACGUAAACGCGUGUCGAUCGCUGAAACUCUGGCGUCAAAAUCAACGGUAAUGACCUGGGACAAUUCCACUCGUGGUCUUGACGCAUCAACUGCGUUGGACUAUGCCCGAUCACUCCGUAUCAUGACAGACGUCAGCAACCGCACGACUCUCGUAACGCUAUACCAGGCUGGCGAGGGAAUCUACGAGCUCAUGGAUAAGGUACUCGUCAUCGACCAGGGGCGUGAGAUAUUCUCGGGCCCAACCAAAGAUGCGAAACAAUACUUUGUUGAUCUUGGGUACGAAUGCCCGGAACGACAGACCACCGCAGAUUUCUUAACCGCGGUCACAGAUCCCAACGAACGACGCUUCAGACCCGGCUUCAAGGAUAGGGCGCCGAGAACACCGGAUGAAUUGGAGAAGGCCUUUCGUGGUUCUCGUCACUACAAGCAACUUUUGGAUGACAUUGAGAGCUAUGAGAGUCACUUACACCGUACUGGUUUCGAUGACGCCAAACGCUUUGAGGGCGCUGUCCAAGAAUCAAAAUCGAAAACUGUGCGAAAGAAGUCUCCAUACACCGUGUCAUUUAUUAGACAAGUUUUGGCUUGUACGGAACGCGAAUUCUGGCUUCUCUUCGGCGACAAAACAACUCUUUGGACCAAACUCUUCAUCAUUAUCUCCAACGGUCUCAUCGUCGGCUCUAUCUUCCAUGGCCAACCCCUGUCAACUGAUGGCGCCUUUACUCGUGGCGGCGCCCUCUUCUUCUCGAUUCUCUUUCUUGGCUGGCUGCAACUUUCCGAGCUCAUGAAAGCAGUGUCCGGCCGCGCGGUUGUUGCGCGCCAUAAAGAUUACGCCUUUUAUAGGCCAUCAGCUGUUGCAGUUGCACGAGUGAUACAAGACUUUCCUGUCAUAGCUGUGCAAGUCUGUAUAUUCGGAGUUAUUAUGUACUUCAUGACCAGCCUUGACGUUGACGCUGGCAAAUUCUGGAUCUAUAUGCUAUUUGUCUAUGUUACAACGAUAAACCUUACCAGUCUGUACCGCAUGUUCGCUAGCCUGUCCCCGGAAAUCGAUACAGCAGUGCGCUUUUCCGGUAUUGCGCUCAAUCUACUCGUCAUUUACACCGGAUAUGUGAUCCCGAAAACGCAAUUACUGUCGAACUAUAUUUGGUUCGGGUGGCUGUACUGGGUCAACCCCGUUUCGUACAGUUUUGAAGGUGUCAUAUCCAAUGAAUUCUCAGGUCGAACCAUGCAAUGCGCUGCAAGUCAGCUCGUUCCUCAGGGGCCAGGCGUGCAGUCUGGGUAUCAGGGAUGCGCUAUCAGCGGUGCUGAUAUCAAUGCCCAUUCAGUUUCUGGUGACGCUUACCUGUCAUCUUCUUUUGGCUAUAGCCGUUCGAACUUGUGGCGUAAUCUCGGCGUGGUAAUUGCUUUCACCGUACUAUAUCUUGUCAUCACGUUGAUUGCCACGGAGUUGUUCAGUUUCGCUGCGAGCGGGGGCGGAGCGUUGAUAUUCAAAAAGACGCGAAGAGCAAAGAGUCAAGCGAAGAAAGCAGGUUCACCCAUGGAUGACGAGGAGAAGACUGGUGGUGAAGAUGGGGACAGAAGCAAUGACUCUUCGACCAGCAAACUAGGCGAUUCACCAGGCACAGGCGAUAAUGAGAACCGAGCUCUGGCGCAAUUGACCAAGAGCGAGUCGAUCUUUACCUGGAGGGACGUUGAGUAUACGGUGCCCUACCUCGGUGGCGAGCGAAAGCUACUGAACAAGGUCAACGGAUACGCUAAGCCAGGUCUAAUGGUAGCCCUGAUGGGGGCAUCAGGUGCAGGAAAAACUACACUAUUGAACACACUUUCUCAGCGACAGAGCACCGGUGUCGUUUCUGGUGAGAUGUUCGUUGACGGAAGGCCGCUUCCUCCUGACUUCCAGCGAAACACUGGUUUCUGUCUACAGGGUGAUCUCCAUGACGGCACACAGACUAUUCGUGAAGCUAUCGAGUUCUCUGCAAUUCUACGACAAGAUCCCUCGAUUCCCCGGUCAGAGAAACUAGCUUAUGUUGACAACAUCAUUGACCUCCUUGAGCUCAAUGACCUCCAAGACGCUAUUAUUUCAUCGCUCGGUGUGGAACAACGAAAGAGGCUUACAAUUGGUGUGGAACUGGCUGCGAAGCCUUCUCUACUAUUGUUCCUCGAUGAGCCAACAUCCGGACUGGAUUCUCAAUCCGCCUACUCUAUAGUUCGUUUUCUCAAAAAGUUGAGCCAGGCUGGGCAAGCCAUUGUCUGUACUAUCCAUCAACCAAGCUCUGUACUUAUUCAGCAAUUCGAUAUGGUCCUUGCAUUGAAUCCUGGCGGCAACACGUUCUACUUCGGUCCGAUCGGCGAAAGCGGUAAAGAUGUCAUCAAAUACUUUGCUGAUCGGGGAGCCGCCUGCCCGCCAAAAAAGAACGUCGCAGAGUUCAUUCUUGAGACGGCGGCUCGGCCUCACAAGAAGCCCGAUGGAACUAAAGUCGACUGGAAUGACGAGUGGCUCAACAGUGAGCAGGCUCAAGCGGUGAUUGAGGAGAUUGAUGGCUUGAAACGAACUAGGAGCAGGGCUUCACAGCCUGGCAAGGUUACAAAGCAACAGGAACGUGAAUUUGCUGCACCUGUUUGGGUUCAGACGGCCGAGCUCACAAAGCGUAUGUUCAAGCAAUACUGGCGCGACCCCUCGUAUCUUUACGGCAAGUUCUUCACUUCUGUGAUCAUGGGUAUCUUCAACGGCUUCACAUUUUGGCAGCUUGGAUAUUCGAUUCAAGACAUGCAAAAUCGUAUGUUUACGAGCUUCUUGAUCAUUACAAUCCCUGCCACCGUUGUCAAUGCUGUGGUCCCCAAGUUCUUUGGCAAUAUGGCACUCUGGCAGGCUCGCGAGUACCCCUCUCGUAUCUACGGAUGGGUUGCCUUCUGCACUGCCAACGUUGUGGCGGAGAUACCUGCCGCGAUUGUAUCGGGGUUUCUAUAUUGGGUGCUCUGGUAUUGGCCUACCGGACUCCCUCAAGAAAGCUCAGUCUCUGGGUAUGCAUUCUUGAUGACCAUUCUCUUCUUCCUGUUCAUGAACAGUUGGGGUCAAUGGAUAUGUGCCUUUGCACCUAGCUUCACUGUGAUCUCGAAUGUGUUGCCGUUCUUCUUCGUCAUGUUUGGCUUGUUUAACGGCGUCGUUCGGCCGUACUCUUCGCUACCGGUUUUCUGGCGUUACUGGAUGUAUUGGGUCAAUCCGUCCACGUACUGGAUUGGAGGCAUGCUGGCCGCAACGCUUGAUGGCGUUCCUGUCCGCUGUGCCGAGUCAGAGACUGCACGCUUCGACGCGCCGCCUGGUCAGACAUGCCAGGCUUAUGCGGGUGCAUUUGCCGAGAGCGCUGGUGGAUACUUGUUGAACCCAGAUGCCAUUAGCGGGUGCAUGUACUGCCCGUACAGUGUUGGAAACCAAUACCUCAGUACCCUCAAUAUCGAUGCGAGUCAUAAAUGGAGGAAUUUCGGCAUAUUUAUGGCUUUCUGUAUCUCCAACUGGGCCCUGGUAUACUUUUUUAUCUAUACCGUGCGCGUCCGGGGAUGGAGUUUCGGGCUAGGCUACGUUUUUGGCGGUUUGGGCAAGCUGGUGGGCUUGUUGAAAAAGCCCUUCAAGAGAGCACAGGAGAAAGAUCAGGAAUGA